AUGAGAGAAUGGUCGAUUGAAAUUGUUUUAUUAGAUAAAGAUAAUAAUGAAAUUCCAUUAUCCAUCGUUGACAGAGUAGUGUAUCACUUACAUCCAACUUUUGCAAACCCAAAUAGAAAGUUUACAGAACCACCAUUUAAAAUUGUGGAGCAAGGAUGGGGUGGAUUUGCAUUAAAUAUCAGUCUUUUUUUGUUGGAUAAAGGUGGUGAAAGAAAGAUUACACAUGAUUUGAACUUUCUUAAAGAGGAAUAUGAAGUAGACCAUAUAAUUUCGGCACCAAUUAAUAUAAAUAAACCAAAAUUAAUGAAAGAAUUGGCCAAAAGUGGCUUAGUACCCUCAGAAGAAUCGCUUAUGAGUAAUAAAAGAAAGGCCUCAUCAAUGUCAUCAUCUUCUACAUCAUCGUCUGGAACUACAGCAACAACAACAAAUGCAAGUGUUUCUAAUAGCAAGGUUUCUGCUGCCAAUGGAUCCAGUGAACCUAAGACGAAAAAGAGCAAACCUUCAAGUCAGCCAAUGAUUAAGGGUUCCAUUGACAUUGAAAGACUUGCGUUUGGUAUGACAAAAUUGAAGGAUGAUGAUUUAGUAGAAAUCGUCCAUAUAGUAACCAGUAAUACAGCACCAGGAAUGAAUUUUACUAAUAAUACUGAAGAAGGGGAGUUUACAAUGGAUCUCUUUAGUUUACCUGAAUCUUUACUACAACUUUUGUGGGAUUAUGUUAAAACACACGCAGAAAAGAAAGAUGAUAAGGACUCAAAGGAUUCGAAAGAUAAAGAUAGUGAAAAAGAGAAAGAGAAAGAAAUUAUUUAA